ACAUGACUGGGCAGAGCCGCUGCAGCUGCAGGCGGCGUCGAGCUGUCAACCGAAAUCCAAACUGUCAACAACACAGUUAUUAUCUGGUUCUGGGAUCUUCCCGGGUGCCAUGGAGCUCCCGGGGCGUCAUCGUCACACCCCGUAACAUGCGGACCAAAGUCGGACCCCGCCACCUUGCACUUCUUCUCCAGGGACCCAGCCGCCUGCUGUCAUGGCCUCCAGCUACCCCCCUCCGUUUGAGGGCACUGGCGAAGUGAAGGAGGGCUUUCUCUGCCCGCUGUGCCUGAAGGACCUUCAGUCGUUUUACCAGCUCCAGGAUCACUACGAGGAGGAGCACUCGGGGGAUGACCGGCACGUCAGGGGGCAGCUCAAAAGUUUGGUUCAGAAAGCAAAGAAAGCCAAAGAUAAACUCCUGAAGAGGGACGGAGAUGACAGACCCGACACAGGCACCUACGAGUCCUUCUACUAUGGUGGAGUGGACCCGUACAUGUGGGAGCCUCAGGAGCUUGGAGCAACCAGAAGUCACCUGGACCUCUUCAAGAAGCACAGAGCAGCCAGGAUUGAUCAUUAUGUUAUUGAGGUCAACAAGCUCAUCAUCAGACUGGAGAAGUUGACGUCGUUUGACAGAACCAACUCAGAUGCUGCUAAAAUCAGAGCCAUUGAGAAGUCUGUGGUGUCCUGGGUGAACGACUCGGACGUGCCGUUCUGCCCCGACUGCGGAAACAAGUUCAACAUCCGGAACAGACGGCACCACUGCCGCCUCUGUGGCUCCAUCAUGUGUCGGAAAUGCAUGGAGUUCAUCCCCUUACCUUUGGCUCAGAAGCUGAUUUGUGGCACCCGAGAAGCCCUGUGUGUGCCUGGAAGUCCCGGACAGUCGCAGUCUCCCCCGGCAGGCGGCGGCGGCGGAGGGAUGGGCUCCAGGAGAGGCAGCAUCAGCAGCCUGAGCAGCGUGACCUCCAUGCUGGAGGAGAAGGACGACGAGAAGAUCCGCUGCUGCCACCACUGCAUGGACACGCUGCUGAAGAGGCAGCAGAAGUUAGAAGAAAAGGAUCACGUGCCGGAUAUUGUGAAACUCUACGAGCGACUCAGGAUGUGCAUGGAGAAAGUGGAUGAAAAGGCUCCAGAGUACAUCCGAAUGGCCGAAUCUCUAAAUGCCGGAGAAACUACAUAUAACCUUGACACUGCUGGUGGAUUGAGGCUGGAGGUGCAGAAAUACUACGAACUAAUCGACGCUCUGAGUAAGAAGAUUUUAACGCUAGGGGUGAAAGACGAUCCGCAGCCGCAUCCUAAAGUGCUCCAGCUGCAGAGGAUGAUCCGCUACACGGCCACGCUCUUCGUCCAGGAGAAGCUGCUCGGUCUGAUGUCUUUACCCACCAAGGACAAAUAUGAAGAGCUGAAGGAAAAGAGGAAGCAGGAACAAGAGAAGAGGCUCCAACAAGAGAGACUGGCGGCUCAGGAGGCUCUGAAGCGGCGGCAGGAGUCGGAGAGAAACCGUCCGCCUGCCAGCACCAACGGGGAGCUGCCCCAGGCCCCGAGGGCGCCGCGCAUGACCAAAGCCGGCGGGUGGCUGCCCUCCGCGGACGCCCGCAGCGAGCUGGAGGACCCCCUCCUGCAGCAGAUCGAGAACAUCCAGUCGUUCCUCCGCCAGGCGCGGGAAGCCAGGAGGGCGGACGAGGUGGCCAUGCUGGAGGAAAACCUGCGGCAGCUGCAGGACGAGUACGACCAGCAGCAGACCAGCCUGGCCAUCGCGCUCUCCCAGAAGCUGGCCCGGGAGGAGAGCCUGCAGCAGGGCGAGAUCGACCGCCUGGAGGCCCGGGAGCGCGAGGAGAGGGAGGACAGGGAGGAGUGGGGCCCCGGCCAACCCGCCGUCACCUGGGAGCGCUCUCUGGACAUCGGCUCAGCGGGAGGCGUCCAGGCCGAGGAGGACGCCGCCGAGGAGGAGCUGACCCCCAAAGCUGGGAGGAGCCCGUCGCCUGUCAGGGCCUUCCCCGUUCCCAAAGGCCAGGAGGAGUCUCCUCCCAGGCUGAGGAGCUUAGGAGGGCAUGUGACGCCCCCCGGUGGCGAAGGGCAGAACAGCACCUCUCUGAACCCCUUUGAAGACGAGGACUCCACCCCCAUCGAGGAGGACCCAUCAAAUCCUUUCUUUGAGGACAUCAAGCGGGAGAACCAGGAGGAGCCCGACGGGAAGAAGGAGUACAACCCCUUCGACGAAGACGAAGAGGAGGACACGCCGGCCCAGACGGCGCCCGGCAACCCCUUCGAAGACGAGGACAGCGACACGGGUAACCCGUUCACCGAGGCCUCCGGGACGUCCCCGGAAGCCUCCACCAACCCGUUCGACGGAGACGAGGACGACGAGGCGCUGCCCGACGUGGACGUGAUCGAGGAGGAGCUGCUGCUGCAGCAGAUCGACAACAUCAGGGCCUACAUCUUCGACGCCAAGCUCAGCGGCCGGCUGGACGAGGUGGAGCUGCUGUCGGAGAACCUCCGGGAGCUGCAGCGCACCCUCCAAGAGCAGAAGAAGAAGAAGGAGCACUGACAAGGCCCCCCCCCACCAUAGAUCACCUGCUACUUACCAAGUCCCGAGAGGCGCGCUCACUCUACGCGACCCAUGACCCCGGCGAGGUCAGACUGGGCGAGGUCUGCCGCACCUCAGACCCAAACACAAACUAGAGCGCAGUCGUAGUCUCCUUUUUUUUUUUUUUUAAGCCACUCAUCCUGUCGAGGGACGCCGAGAGCUGGAUCCUGUGCCAGCAUGCACAAUUUUGUAAGCACUGAACGUGAAGCUCAUUUGUACAGAAGUGUAGAUGAAGAUGUAAACAGAGCCGUGACCAGUGCAGUCGUGUUUAUGGAGGCCGUGGGUCUCGCAGCUGUUUGACGAACAAAGUCCAGUGUUCAUCUCAGUUUGAGUUAAACAGGUCGACCUCACGCAGAUUUCUUUUUCCAGAGCCUUUUACCGUCCUCAUAAAAAAAAAAAAAAAAAAACAUGUUCUGUAACGAUAGGAUUGUACAUCUGCAGUAAUUACAUUCUUA